AUGACUGCCCAGCACACUGCUAUCCCGACCAAGAGACAAUCUGUUCCUCAACCUAAUGGAAACAGGCCUCGCACCAAGAUCUGUGUCUUCUGCGGCUCCAGCGCCGGCACGAAGCCAGCGUACGUAGAAGCCGCACAAGCUUUGGGAAGAGCAUUAGCAAAGCAAGAUAUUGAUCUAAUCUAUGGCGGUGGAACCAUUGGCCUUAUGGGUGAAGUCGCAAAGACCGUCUGUUCGAUCAAGGGGCCCCAGGCUGUCCAUGGCAUAAUCCCCCAGGUUCUGGCCGAGUAUGAGCGCACCGAUGCAUAUCAAAUUGUCGACAACAACGUCUACCUCCCCGACGAAUCCAAGUACGGCCGCACAACUGUCGUGCAGGAUAUGCACACUCGCAAGAAAAGAAUGAUGGAAGAAGUCCUCAGCGGCGGGCCUGGAAGCGGCUUCAUUGGCCUCCCCGGAGGUUACGGUACCAUGGAAGAGCUCUUUGAAGUCAUUACGUGGAACCAGCUAGGGAUUCACAAGCUUGGAGUCUGCUUGCUUAACACUGAGGGAUACUGGGACCCAAUCGUGGAGUGGGUGGAGAAGGCCAGCGGUGAUGGGUUCGUCAAGAGAGCGAACAAGAACAUUAUUGUUACGGCCAGCGAUGCUGAGCGGGCUAUUACUGCUCUACGUGACUACAAGGUAUCCCAGGGUGUCUAUAAGCUGGAAUGGAGCCAACUUUAA